AUGCCGAAAGACACUGUCAGCCAUAGUUAUAACGGCCGUGGUAUGCAGGUGUACAAUUCACCCGUAUACCACAAUGCUGUCCCCGUGCGGCGUCCGGGAGGAAACGCCCGACGAUGUUACAGGUGCCAACAGGUGGGUCACCUGGCGAGGAAUUGUGACUCCCCCUGCGUGCGAGGGUCGAGGCGGCGGGGCCGUGGGUUAAGUUUUGUCGGUCAAACGCCGAGGGCGGUGGAGGAGCCGGCCGCAGCCUCGACUCCAAAAUCGACGUGUGAGGAGGUGGGGUUCACGACCGCCUCCUCAACGCCGCCUGUAACUCCAACUGUGAUCGGGUCGGAAGGCAGUGGGAGGUGGGAGGUCAUGGAGAAUGAAUGA